GUGCACCGGUCGCCUGUCAUCAUUUUGGAAUAAAAAAAAUUAUUCUCAUAACAUAAAAACUCGCCAGCUUGUAAAUAAAAAUCAAAAUAAAGUUUAUCAUCAUUCAUGGUUAGGGGUCUAGACAGAAUUCCAUUACAAAAUGAAUCCUCUCACAAAUAUGAAAAAUGUCCUGAAGCUCAGCGAAGCCGAUUUGAAAUACGGCCAAAAAUCAUCCUGGCAUGAUCAGUAUCGCAACAGUGCAUGGAUAUUCGUUGGUGGCCUUCCAUACGAUUUAAGUGAAGGCGAUGUAGUGUGCGUCUUUUCACAAUACGGUGAAAUCGUGAACAUCAACUUGGUGAGGGACAAGGUGACUGGAAAGCAGAAAGGUUUUUGUUUUUUGUGCUAUGAGGACCAACGUUCAACAGUUUUGGCCGUGGAUAACCUUAACGGAGUCAAGAUACUGGGAAAGCCUAUGCGAGUGGACCAUGUCAAUGACUAUAAACCUCCGAAAGACAGCGAUAAAAUCGAUCCGGAAACAAAGAGAUUACAUAUGGAAGGAUGUGCACCAAAAGUUCAAAUUCCGGUGGAAAAUAUAAAGAAAGAGAAAUUGCUGGUACCUGAACCAGAAAUCGUCGGAGGAGUUCGAUUGCCACAAAGACUACCAAUUUAUAAGACAGAAGAUGUUGUCAAGACCGAGAAAACGAAGAAGGUGAAACCCAAAAAGGAGAAGAAAAGUAAAAAAUCGAAAAAAGAGAAAAAGAAAUCGAAACGCCAGUCGGACGAAUCAGAUUAUUCAACGGAAUCAUCGGAUGAUGACGACAGACGAAAGAGGAAGCACAGACGAUAGAUUUUUGUUUGUACGUUGGACAUGGAAUCGGCAGAGAGAAAGACGUUAAGGUAAGAUCUUCGAACUCGCUUUUUUCUAUACGCUCAUCGAUGACCCCGGAAGGAAAAGAUAAAUUUUUGUAGAGAAUUUCUAAAUAAAUUGUUUCACAUUGAA